AUGUCUGACCACAUGCAAACCCCAUCCUUGGAUUUGGGGGAUCAUGUUAAGAAACAUGAGAUGUGCUUAGGGCAGAAAGUAAAAUGUGAGAUUAGACCUCCCAGUAUAAAACUUGUGGAAAAAUGUUUUCUAACCAAGUGCCAGCCAAAGGUAGUUCGCAUAAGAGCCAACUGCAUUGCUGAGGCUGUGGAGUCACACAAGCCAGAGCAGGAUAAGUGGGGGAAUGGUCUGGAGGCAAUGCAGAGAGCUCUGCAGAUGGAGAAGGAUGUGAACCAGAGUCUGCUGGAUCUGCACAAACUCUCCUCUGGCAACACUGACCCUCAUCUGUGUGACUUCCUGGAGAGGCACUACUUGGAUGAGCAAGUGAAGAUGAUCAAGAAGCUGGGAGAUCACAUCACCAACCUGAAGAGACUGGGAGCCCCUGCCAAUGGCAUGGGAGAGUACCUGUUUGACAGGCUCACACUCAGCUGA